AUGCCUUGCUCAUCUCGCGUGUCCUCCUCCAGGGCUGGAGGCAGCAGCUCUGUCAGGGUGUCUGCUGGUGGCAGCAGCAGAAGCAGCAGAAGCAGAUGCGGUCUGGCAGGAGGCUCUGCCCGGGGCUUUCAAGGAGGGGCCGGCAGCUGUGGCCUGAGUGGGGGCUCCAGUGGGGGCUUUGGAGGCAGCUUUGGAGGGGGUUUUGGUAGCUGCUCAAUAGCUGGUGGUUUUGGAGGAGCUUCAGGCUCUGGGAUUGGCUUUGGUGGGGGUUCUGGAUUCGGCGGGGGUGCUGGAUUCCGCGAAGGUGCUAGCGGAGGCUUCUACAGCUAUGGUGGUGGUAUGGGUGGUGGCGUGGGCGAUGGGGGGCUUUUCUCUGGAGGUGAAAAGCAAACCAUGCAGAACCUCAAUGACCGGCUGGCCAAUUACUUAGACAAGGUCAGAGCCCUGGAGGAGGCCAACACUGAUCUGGAGAACAAAAUCAAGGCGUGGUAUGACAAAUUUGGGCCCGGGUCUGGAGAUGGCGGAGCUGGAAGAGAUUAUAGCAAAUACUAUCCAAUCAUUGAAGAUCUCAAGAAUCAGAUCAUUACUGCCACUAUCGAAAAUGCUGGGAUCAUUCUGCAAAUCGACAAUGCCAGACUGGCUGCUGAUGACUUCAGACUGAAAUACGAGAACGAGCUGCAUCUUCGGCAGACCGUGGAGGCUGACAUCAACGGCCUGCGGAAAGUCCUGGACGACCUGACCAUGACCCGCUCUGACCUGGAGAUGCAGAUUGAGAGCCUCACCGAGGAGCUGGCCUACCUGAAGAAGAACCAUGAGGAGGAAAUGAAGAGCAUGCAAGGAAGCUCCGGGGGGGACGUGACCGUAGAAAUGGACGCUGCCCCAGGGACAGACCUGACUAAGUUACUGAAUGACAUGAGGGCACGGUAUGAGGAGCUGGCUGAGAAGAACCGCCAAGAGGCCGAGGAGCAGUUCAACAAGCAGAGUGCAUCGCUGCAAGCACAGAUCUGUACCGAUUCCGGGGCAGCCAGUUCCGCCAAGAGUGAGAUCACAGAACUGAAACGCACUCUGCAAGCCCUGGAAAUCGAGCUGCAGUCCCAACUGACCAUGAAAAGCUCCCUGGAAGGGACCCUGGCUGACACAGAGGCUGGCUACAUGGAGCAGCUGUCACAGAUUCAGAUGCAGAUCGGCGGCCUGGAGGAGCAGAUCUGCCAGAUCCGGAGUGAGACCGAAUGCCAGAACGCAGAGUAUGAGCAGCUGCUGAACAUCAAGACCCGCCUGGAGAUGGAGAUUGAGACCUACCGCCGCCUGCUCGAUGGAGAAGCAGGUGGUUCUGGUUUUGGAGGAUUUGAUUUUAGAAACUCAGGAUCCAGAAACACGGGGUCCAGAAUCACAGGAUCCAGGGAUUCGUCCAUAUCUGGUGACUCGAGAUCUGGAAGCUCUGUUGUCCAAGGAAGAGACCCAAGCAAGACUAGAGUGACUAAGACCAUCGUAGAGGAGGUGGUGGAUGGCAAAGUCGUCUCAUCUCAAGUCAGCAAUAUUUCUGAGGUGAAACUCAAGUAAACAAUUUCCAGAUCAACACAAGUGUCUUUCAGAGAAAAAAAAAAUCUAAAGGACAUAAGUGAAGAAAUUGCAUCAAUCUAGCCAUCGUUCUGCAUACCUUUGGGGAAAAUUUUCAUCCGGAAAUAGAUGACUAACCAAUUAUUCUGCAUCUUCUUCUUUUCUUAAUAGAAUGCUCUUGAAAAAGUUGAAAUGACAGCUUUGCUUGUUUCUAUGCUUCAAUAAACUUACUGUUGCAAGUUAA